AUGGACGGCGGCGUUGCGUCGAGGGGAGAGAAGGGACGGAGGGGCGACAACCUCAGUGGUGGGGGGACUGACGCGAAAAACGACGGAGGCGGCAGCAAGGGCGGAGAGGCUAAGGCAGUAGAGACACCUAGGGAAAAAAGGAGAGGCAGAAAGAAAGCUGCGACCGGAAAGGAGGACUCAACAGAGAGAGAAACUAGAAGACCAGCAAUGAGAAGGAAGAGGGAAGAAGCAACCAGAGCGGGGAGCAAUAACAAGGAGGACACGGGGAUUACUGAGCUGGAGACAGCGAACUGGAAAGAGAGGGGGGGUGGGAGCAAAGAGAGUGGAAGUGGAAUAAGAGUAGAAGUGGUGACGAGUGAGGAGUCACAGAGUGAAGAAGAGAGCCUCGCACAAGCAGGACAACGCUGGGCGACUGAAGCAGAACUGAAUGUGACGGAGGAAUGGGGAAGCGCUGGCAUGAGCAAACAGACGGAUCUGCCACAGGUUGAGGAAGACGAUGUUCAUAGGCUAAGUCAGACACAGAAUGACAGUUAG